AUGCAGUGCUUUGUCUACCUGAUCGCUAGUGCUUGCAUAAAUGUCAUUCUUUCUGUGACAGCUCUAGAAUCGUCGAAAGAACAUCAGCCUGCGGCACGCGAUUUGCAGCAGCUUGUAAAUAAUCUUCGAACUGAUCCCAAUGGACUAUUCCACAUCGGCAAUGACGGGAUUUUGAGAUCUUAUGAUAAAGACAAUAAUGUUAUUGAUUAUGCGAGACUUGAUUCUGCUGAGCUAAAAUCACUUGCUAAACGCUACUCCAAGGAUGAGGAGAAUCUGAUUGCACUGUGGGAAAAUGCUGAUAGCUCCAUGAUUGACGAGGCACAGAUCUGGUCUCCAGAGCCCUUGAAAAAUUCUAUGUCACUCGGUGCUUCGGCGGUAUCACCAAAUGUGGACCAACUAGCUAAUAUGAUUGCAGUCGACUGGGUUGCUAUAGACAUCCUGACUGUGAAGCUCAAGAUCCACAUUGUCACCAUUGUGUUCAUGAUGGAGUAA